AUGGCGGUCGUGGCGGCGCUGCUGCUGGCGUGCGCGGCGCUGCUCCUGCUCCUGGCGCUCGGCGCGCUAUCGCUGCCCGGUGCCUCCGACGGCCCCGGGGGCCGCGGCGCGGGGCUCGCGCGCCCGCGCCCGCGCCCGCGCUUCCGCAGAUCCACCUUCGACUCGGGGCUAGAGAUGCGUGGGCAGAAGGGGGAGCCGUGGACGGAGGUGCUGUCGUGGGAGCCCCGCGCGUUCGUGUACCACAACUUCCUCUCCAAGGAAGAAUGUGACCAUUUGAUUUCACUGGCAAAGCCUCAUAUGAGGAAGUCAACAGUAGUUGAUUCAACAACUGGAGGGAGCAAGGAUAGCAGGGUGCGGACAAGUUCAGGAAUGUUUCUUAGAAGAGGGCAGGACAAAAUUAUUCUGACAAUUGAGAAAAGGAUAGCAGAUUACACCUUCAUACCUGUAGAGCAUGGUGAGGGUCUUCAAGUUCUCCACUAUGAGGUUGGGCAGAAGUACGAUCCUCACUUUGAUUACUUCCAUGAUGAUCACAACACCAAGAAUGGAGGCCAGCGUAUAGCAACUCUUCUUAUGUAUCUUUCGGAUGUUGAAGAUGGUGGUGAGACUGUGUUCCCUUCGUCGACAACAAACAGCAGCUCUUCACCAUUUUAUAAUGAUCUGUCUGAAUGUGCAAAGGGCGGUCUAUCUGUUAAACCAAAGAUGGGAGAUGCACUUCUGUUCUGGAGCAUGAAGCCUGAUGGAUCCCUGGAUCCCACAAGCCUGCAUGGUGGAUGCCCAGUGAUAAAAGGCAACAAAUGGUCAUCGACAAAGUGGAUGCGUGUUCAUGAGUACAAAGGUCAUGCACCGGUGGUGGAGGAGACGUGGGUGAAAGACGGGCGGAAGGUGACGGACUACACGCUCUACACGGGCUCUCUCGGGACAGCGCUGCUGCUGUUCAAGUCCUUCCAGGUCACCGGCGACCGAGGGGAUCUCGCCCUCGCUGCUGACAUCGUCCGCGCGUGCGACGAAGCGUCCCGGGGCCUGCCGUUCUUGACAUUCAUAUGCGGGCGGGCCGGUGUCUGCGCUCUUGGAGCAGUGAUUGCCAAACAUUGCGAUGAUCAGCUGAGGGUCACUCAAUAUCUGAGCUCCUUUGAUGAGAUAAUAGUCGCUGAGAAAGUUCCAAACGAACUGCUGUAUGGAAGGGCGGGUUAUCUGUGGGCUUGUUUGUUCUUGAAUAAGCAUCUCAGCGGGGAGACGAUCCCUCUCGAGCACAUUAAUUCUGUGGCAAAGGACAUCAUCAAUGAGGGAAGAAAUCUUGCAAGCAAGGGGAGUAGCCCGCUGAUGUACGAAUGGCAUGGGAAGAAAUACUGGGGUGCUGCCCAUGGUCUUGCCGGAAUCAUGCACGUGCUCAUGCACACUGAGCUGAAACCAGAUGAGCAGGAUGAUGUAAAGAACACCCUGCGGUAUAUGAUCAAGAACAGGUUUCCUAGUGGCAACUAUCCCUCAAGUGAAGGCAAUGAUUCCGAUCGCUUGGUGCACUGGUGUCAUGGUGCCCCAGGUGUUGCUCUUACACUUGCUAAAGCAUAUGAGGUCUUCCAUGAUGAUUAUUUCAAGCAAUCAGCUGCAGAAGCUGCUGAGGUUGUCUGGAACCGAGGGCUUCUGAAGAGAGUUGGAAUAUGUCACGGUGUAAGCGGGAAUGCCUAUGUGUUUCUCUCACUCUACAGACUAACCGGUAACGUCGAGUACCUCUACCGGGCAAAGGCUUUUGCCUGCUUUCUUCUGGAGAAAGCUGAUCAGUUGAUAGCCGAGGGGGCCAUGCAUGGUGGUGAUCGCCCGUUUUCACUGUUUGAAGGGAAGGCUGGGAUGGCAUACCUCCUCUUGGACAUGGUUGAUCCAUCUGAAUCAAGGUUCCCGGCCUAUGAACUUUGA